UAUUGGCUCCAGUGCUGACAGACGCAAGAGCAAAACACAACAGCAACAACCCCUCCUUCUGCACAAAGAUAAGCAAACACCUUUACAGAAGGUAUGAUAUUAGUUAUAGCGCGAGCAGGAGCAGCCUGAGACUUUGCCGCAGUCAUGUUUGAUUUAAACUUGAAGGGAGGCUGGAAUCUCUCGUUCGCUGGAUGCGGCUUUUUAGGGGUCUAUCACAUCGGUGUCGCGAGCUGUCUUCUGGAGCAAGCGCCUUAUCUGAUCCGCGGAGCCACUAAGAUCUACGGAGCCUCCGCAGGGGCUCUCACUGCAUCCGUGCUCGCUACCGAGGCAUGUUUAGAGAAAUGUUGUGAAGACGUAAUCAAUGUUGCCAAGGAGGCACGGAAGCGUAAUCUGGGCCCUUUGCACCCAACAUUCAACAUAGUCAAGGUGAUACGUGGAGGCCUGUAUCGGGACCUGCCGUCCAAUGCACACACGCUGGCCUCUGGUCGACUGUGUGUGUCCCUCACACGCGUCAUGGACGGCCAAAACGUACUGGUGUCGGACUUCAGCUCCAAAGAUGAACUCAUCCAGGCUCUUAUUUGCAGCUGUUUCAUUCCUGUAUAUUGUGGGUUAAUUCCUCCUGCCUUCCGUGGUGUGCGUUAUGUGGAUGGUGGGAUGAGUGAUAAUCUGCCCCAGUCCGAGCUGAAGAACACCAUCACCGUUUCUCCAUUCUCAGGAGAGAGUGACAUCUGUCCAAAAGACAAUUCCACCAGCUUCCACGAACUGCGUUUCACAAACACCAGCAUACAAGUCAAUCUAGACAACAUGUACAGACUGAGCAAAGCAUUGUUUCCCCCAGAGCCUAAAGUGCUGGCAGAAAUGUGUCAAAGCGGGUAUAAAGACGCCCUCCGAUUUCUCCAGGAAAACAAUUUGCUACAGGCGGCAUGUCCAAGAGCAGACGUGGCUUUGAUUCAGACCACGCCCACCUGCUGCUUUCCAGGCAAUAGGAAUUCAGUCGUGACGGAAACCACAAAAGAGUGGGUGCUGCGGAGACUCCGCCUCUUGAGAAAACACCACUGGUGGUUGGACGAACAACUUGUCAAUAACCUGCCAACCCCCAUUAAGAAAGUUUUUUGCGAUGCCUGCAGAGAAAAGCACGGCCUGCUGGCACAAGUGUCUGGUUUCCUACCGUUACGUGUAGCGUCCUACAUGCUGAUGCCGUACACGCUGCCAGUGGAAUCAGCGUACUCUGCAGCUCAGAGGUUUUGGGAAUGGAUCCCAGAAGUCCCUGCAGAUGUGCGCUGGCUUGCUGAGGUAGCAGGCGGUGUUUAUAGACUGGCAUGGAAAGGUGCAGCAUCAGAGACAAGCAGUGGCGUCCCUUUGACAAGAUGUGUGAGUGAACCACCAAUGGUAGAUUUACAAAUGCCUGUCUCAAACUACAAUGAACACAUACCUCAUUCUGCCAGCAACCUUGAUAGUUACAACUGGACUUUUCCAGAUGACUUCAACGCAGCUUCCUCUGUCGACCCACGUGACAGUCCCAUCAACGUCACCAGCACCUCCCCUAGGCAGAUGUGCUUUUUUGUUGGCUCAGAGAAGCAAAUGGACCAAUGCAGGACCUUUUCAGCUUAGUACAAUAUAUACUGUGCCUGAUUGCCCUGGUCAUGUCAUGCUGCAAAUUUGAGCAGUUGGAGAGACGAGCUUGACUUGUUAAACGCUCUGGAAUCCAGCGUCGAGAGUAAAUAUAUACAUGACAUGUCAAACACUCCUCCUGUGACAUUUUGGACAUUAUCCAAAAGUGCCUUUCUUCUCCAUUCAGAACCAAAGAUGUGUUUGAUCUGUUGUGUCAGCCUGUACCUUGUGUUUUGCUGAUAAUUGAAGAGUUUCCUUUGCAGUUGGUGCUAAUACUUCUCUGAGACCUCAGAAUACUUGACAUGAGCCAUACAAGUCCAUACCACGGAGGUGUACAAUCAAAUAAAGAGUCUGAGGCCAUGAAUCUUGCAUUUGGUUUCAUAUAACAUGCA